CGAUUGAUAAAAAAAGGUACUGUAUACAUCGUUGAGAAGAUUCUGUCCGCGAUGUUGAUAGCGGAAUGUUUAUAGAUGUUGAGAACGCAGUGCUUAAAAUGGCAUCGUAUUGGGCUGUUAUUUAUCUUUUUAUAUUUUGCGUAGUUGGAAGUUGUUCAUCAGAGUCAGUCAUACCGCCAUUAGAUCAGGUACAAGAAUGGGCAAGAGAUAUACAAACAAAACUAUUCGACUAUCUAACAGACAAUAUGAAGCCUGAUAAACUGAGUGAAAUAUAUGAAGAUUCAGUCAAGAAUAAUGAAUUGAAGGAAGUGUAUGUGGAUGGAAAUGAAUUAGUAGCAAAAGUAGCAACAAAUUGGGUUUCUUUACUAGAAAAAAAGAAGACCGCAGUUAAGAAAAUCGUUGAAUUCUUAGAAAAUUCAUCUUUAACAACUCCAUACUCUGCGAAUCCUGAGGUAGAUUUUUUGAAUGCUAAAGGACCCACUAAGGAACUACAAAGUGUGUUAACAGAUACAUUUGGUGGGAAAAAUGUAACUUAUAAUCAAAGUGCAGUACAGAUUCCAACAGAUAUAUAUGUAAAAGAUCCAAUUAUACUUAAUGCUAUCAAAGUGACUGAUGGAAUUGAUGAGGUUUUUAUGGAUAAUAUGAUGAAUGACACCGAACUCCUUUGGCAGUACGUAGGGAGUUCAACCGGCUUCUACCGGUCAUACCCAGGCAAAGAUUGGGAUUUGCCUGAAGGUAAAUUAACGAUGGAUCAAUAUGAUGUGAGACGAAGGAGCUGGUACAUCGGCGCAGCUAACUCUCCUAAAGAUGUUUUGAUACUUGUAGAUAUAAGUGGCAGUACCAGUGGUAUCACUUCAAACCUAAUUAAAGUGUCUGUCUGUGAAGCAAUUGACACACUAGGAGAUGAUGAUUUUGUCAAUGUUGCCUUGUUCAAUGACAAUACAACAUUUCUUGACUCCAAACUGACAACUUUUGUACAGGCUAACCUCAGAAACAAGCAGCAUUUAAAGAAAGAGAUUAAAGAGUAUAUGGACCAAAAAAAAGCAACUGAGAAAAUGGCUAAUUAUACACGAGCACUGGAAUUUGCUUUCACAGAGCUUAAAAAGCUAAUGGAUGCAGCAGAACAAUCUGACUUAGGCAUUGGAGCCCAAUGCAACUCUGUCAUUCUGAUGUUUACUGAUGGUGGACCGGAUAAAGCAAAGGAAAUUAUCAACAAAUACAACUCCGAUAAUAGAACUCGGAUAUUUGUGUACAACGUUGGUCCCAACGCUAUGGUGUCAUCAGAUGGUGUGAAGAGUAUGGCUUGUAUGACUAAUGGUUAUUUCAGCAACAUACCUUCAAUUGGAGCUGUCCGGCUAACCACAUUGGACUACAUUCCCGUGUUGAGUCGCCCCCUAGUGCUGGCAGGUAAUCGCACGUACCAGUGGUCCAACAUCUACCUAGAUGCAUUGGGACUUGGCAUGAUGACAACGCUGACCCUACCAGCAUUCAAUAAAUCAAAAACAUACGACGCGAAUGGGAAUGAGAUUCCGAAUCAACAACUCCUAGGCGUCGUCGGCACAGAUGUCACUAUUAAGGGAAUGGAGGAUUUGGUCCCUAAACGAAGACCCCAUUAUAAUAGCAGUUACCGUUGCAUUGGUCCGGAGGGUUACGCAUUCGGUAUCAACAGUAACGGUUACAUUCUCAUUCAUCCACGUCUCAAAGGACAGGAAGAAAUUGAGCCUAUACUUAAGCUUGGAUAUUUGUCGGAUCCUCCGAACGUUGACCUUUUGGAAGUUGAGGUCAUUCCAAAGGGGAGUGUUGAUUUGGCAAAUUUGAGAAGAGCGAUGAUAGAUGAAAAAACCAGCAACGUUACAUUCCCAUCUUUGAUAAUGUCACAGGGAGAGCGGUAUGUCCAUUAUAUCAACAUGACAUACUCGUUCACCAAUAUUAAUGCAACAAGUUUCAGCAUGGCUAUAGUUCAGCCUAAAUUUGAUUUAUAUGAGUUUCAAGUUGAUAAAGACAACGAAAUAUUUAGUAAACUGAUCAAUUUUUUUGCUGAAGAAUGUAAUUAUACUACUUGUAAUAAUGAGGGAAUCUGUCCAAGCACUAAUGAUACGGAAGUUACACAAGAGGAUGAGGAGGAAGAGCUUGUACCUUCAGACAAUGACAUGAGUUCUUUUCAAGUUGAAAUAGAGAAUGAAGAGUACGAUUCUUUUACUGAUGACAUAAGUUCUCUCCAAAUUAAAAUAGAGCAAGGGAUUGAAGGGAAUGUAGAUUCAACAGAUGACUUGAGUUCUUUAGUGCUUACACAAGAUGAUGAGGAGGAAGAGCUUGUACCUUCAGACAAUGACAUGAGUUCUCUUCAAAUUAAAAUAGAGCGAGGGAUUGAAGGGAAUGUAGAUUUAACAGAUGACUUGAGUUCUUUAGUGCCUUACAUUACAUUGGCCAAAAAAGGUGAAAGAAUGGGGACAGCCCUCUUUCCAAACUGGGAACUGUGUGAAGGGCUGACAAGCUCAAGCACAAUAAAAGAUGUACUGGAGCAGCUUAUGAAGGAAUAUCAAGUAAUGAGAAGCUCGGAUGUUGGCAUGACAUAUCAAUUCGUCAACUGUGAGGAGACGAUUGUGUCCUGCCUUUGGUUUGACAUGUGGGCAGUUCAUGAGUUUGAAACGAAAAAUGGAAUUGCCGCAUUAUUUGAUAAAGAUAAUGGACCAGACUACUUGAUGAUAGCAAGCAAAUGUGGCUAUACUCAUAUCUAUCCUAACUG